CAUACAGGUUAAUUCCCGCCUGAUUGAGACACAAUUUAAAAGUAUUUCUGUUAUUUUUCAAAGAAAGUUAAAAACAGUGAAAAGGGAAAGAAGGAAUGCAUCCUUUACCCUGCUAGUUUACAAAAGGUUUAAGAAAGACUAGGGUUACUUGUUAAAAAAAGCACCUCAUCACAGCUUAUCUACCAUUAUGAAUGAAGGAAGCGAACGGCUGCAGCAUUUGCCAUUUAGAAAAUUACUUCUUUGUGACAUAUUUAAGAAAUUUAAUCGUGAUGAUUUUGUGAAACUUAAGAAAGUUAUCGAUACAAGACAGUUACUACCUGAAACAUUCAACGUUGGUGUAGAAGAUGACGACAUAGCGAAUAAAUGUUGCGAAUUUUUAGAAUCAAGGAAAUAUGUAAAACCAGAUGACGUCAGCGUUUUACAUCUUUUACUUGCGCAUGUUCGCAAACCACAACUAGUUAAAGCGGUCCGUAAAUAUGAACAAAAUGUUUUACGACAUGAAGAUGUGACGUUACCCAAAGUUCGACGCAAGGACAUUACCCAAAAUGCAUCGGAUUUCAACACAGUUUUGAAAAUUUUUGGUUUGCUAUUAGGCUGUGUUCUUGUUUAUAUUGGACCCUCAGUAGCUGAAGCAUUAUUUAUGGUCAUAAGUGGUAGCUACAUUUUAGAACUUUGUAUAAUUUUAGUUGUCAUGACAACAUAUAUGUAUUACAAUGAUUUAAAAACUCACUAUCAUUAUUUAAACUCAACACAAGGCUGUAUACCAGGAAGUGAGAUGUCUUUCAAAUUUGUUACUUAUGACUGUCAACACCCUCAUGUCAAAAACAAUGUAGAAUUUCCAUUUUUUACACUACAGAAGAAAUAUCCGUAUCUCUUGAAACAUCCAGACGAACGAAUGCGUUACUUUCUAAAUACCAACCGUAGUGUAAAUGGAGGCUUGCGUAUCCUGGGAAGUUACCUUGAUAAGACUCCAUCCAUACGAGGUGCUGAAGUUUUUGCCAUGUCUCCUACUGCAGAUAGUGUAUGGUAUUUUCAUGAAUGUUGGAAAGCUUGGAUGGAAUAUGAAACUGCGGAAAGUAUAACGUGGGAAAAUGUGGAAAAUAAUGUUGAAACCUGACAUUUUUACAACCUCUCUUCCAGACUCUAACUUUUUUUGCGCUUCUUAAUAGAACUGUCAAUAAGUAAAGCGUCCGUAAAAAACAAAAAGCACUGGGAACAAGGUUAAAUUUAUUAGAAUAAAAAAGACUAAAAAAGUAAAGUAAUUUUUUUAGCCGCUUAUACUUGACUUAAUGCCAAAAAGACAAGAAUCCCUGGAAACGAGGUUGUGAAUCAGUAUAAAAAUGUGUCCCUGUAAAUUAUAUAUAUCAAAACGAAACUACCAUUUUUCUGUUGUGUACAUUUUCUAUUAUCCAACAGAAAACCCCAACCUCGUUCCCAGGGCAAUUUUUUGCUUUUUUGAUAUCCGACACGUCGCGAUAGAACGAUCAUUUCUUCUCGCCGUCCGAGAUUGUCAGAAAGAGAAAGAUGGGCCUGGGGAUGAGCUUGAGAAAACCCUGAACCUCCAUAAUGUCUUAUUAAUUAAUUCUACGAAAACAUAAUACUAAGAAAAUGAUGUUUUAUGUUUCCCAAAGUUUCAGGGAAAAAAUAUUGUACAGUAUUAAUUACGCUGUAAAACUUUAAAUUUAGUUUGAAUCAUCUUGGAGAAGGACGUGAUGUUAAAUAAUUGUCAAGAUUUUAUUUCAGGUUCAAAAUAUUUUUUAGAAAAGCAAUAAACAAAACGAACGUUAAUUAAUAACCGAAUGUCAAUAAACAGCAAACUGUAUCGAUAAACAACGAGUUUUCUCGAUAAAAAACAAACUAUAUCGAUAAACAGCAAACUACAUCGAGAAGAGACUGUAACGUGAAACAACGAACUCCAUCGAUUAAGCCACAAGCUGCGCCUUACAAUGAACGCAUACAGACAACUCGUGUUUUCCUCUUUCAAACGCUUAUCGCCCGAACAAUAUGCACGUAUGCGAGUACACUUAAGAAAGGAAAACUUAAUCCCGCAAGAUUUCCUUAACUCGUCCACUCCAGCUUCAACGUUGUGUUUACAUUUGGAAUCUGUUGGUCUCGUUAAUGAGCAAGAUGUAAGGUUAUACAUUCAACUAUUCCGUUUGGUUGAUCGAGAAGAUUUAGCUUACAACUUGAUCCUUCAUCAAAACCAGUUUUCCGCGUUUUCGAAAUUUCGAAAGUGCAUCUCAUAUGUGUUUGUAUUCGGUAACCGGACAGUUAGUACAGUUAUAUACACUUUCUUAUGCUUUGCAAUAUUAACUUUGCUAUCGCCAACCGUUCAAAUCAUCUUCUGUUACAAAAAAACAUGGCUAAGUGUUGUAGCUACCGUGGUCAUAUUUACCUACUACAAUUACGAAGAGGUUCGUGAUUACUUCCGAUAUUUAAGGUGCACAUGCGGCUGUGUCCCUGAAAGUAUUAUGUCUUUUCAAUUCACUGGAAUGAACCUUGUGACAUCAGAUGUUGUAGAUAACGUCGAGUUCACGUGGAAAUCAAUUCAUGAAAAAUUUCCACAUGUUCUUAAACAUCCUGAUGAGAUGCAUUAUUUCCUGAAUACAAACCGUUGCAUCCUGGGUGGUGUUAGGAGUUGCGCGACCUCCCGCAAACCUGCAGUGCGUGGUGCUGAAGUGUUCGCAAUUACCCCGGACGCAAGUUCUGUGUGGUAUUUUGAUGACAAAAACAAAAUCUGGAAACGCUACCAAUCUGCUAAACGAAUUCGCUGGAAUAAAGUUAAAGUGUUCGAAUAUAAUGAGAUUUAAAUCGUGUUUAAAUCGUAUGAUGGACAAACUUGAAUAUGCGCAAGAUGGCGGUCAAAUAUGAGUAUAUUAAAACAAGAUACCGUGUUGACAUUUCGCCGCACACAAAUUUGGUGAUUUGACAUUAAAGUAAAAAAAUUAACUUUCAAAAGACUGCAUUAAAUUUGUCACAACCGCGAAAAUAUGUUCCGCGAAAUUCAAUUUUGUAUCCUUUCUUCCCGUAAAAUCACAAAAUCAAUUCCCGAUUGUAGAAUAUAAUACUUCUGCCGUGUUAAGGCUGAAAUACACGAUCAUUUAACUAAUCGUUGAAAAAAGAUCGUGUAGACAGGCCACAAAUACGAGUCAUUUCAAAAAAUGAUCAUUCGUGUAUUUCAGCCUUUAAAAAAGUCACGUGCUUGAAAUUUUAAAGAGAAUGAUUUAAUCCUUGUCAUUUUUUCAACUGCCAUAUUAAAAUAAUAAUUGAAAUAUAUUAC